AUGGCCCCCUUGAUAUCCCACCUCUACACGGCCGACCCGUCGGCCCACGUCUUCAACGACAGGAUCUACAUCUACCCGUCGCACGACCGCGAGACCGACAUCAAGUUCAACGACAACGGCGAUCAGUACGACAUGGCCGACUACCACGUCUUCUCCACCGGCAGCAUCGACCCGGCCGAGCCGGUCGUGGACCACGGCCUGGCCCUCCGCGCCGAGGACAUACCCUGGGUGUCCAAGCAGCUGUGGGCCCCCGACGCCGCCACGCGCGACGGCAAGUACUACCUCUACUUCCCCGCCCGCGACAAGCAGGGCAUCUUCCGCAUCGGCGUCGCCGUGUCCGACAAGCCCGAGGGGCCCUUCACCCCGGACCCGGAGCCCAUCAAGGGUUCCUUCAGCAUCGACCCGGCCGUGUUCGUCGACGACGACGACGCGAAACAAGAGGCGUACAUGUACUUUGGCGGGCUGUGGGGCGGCCAGCUUCAGUGCUACCAAAAGGGCAACGACGUGUUUGACGCCUCGCUCCAGGGGCCCCACGAACCCUCUGGCCAAGGCGUCUACGCGCUGGGGCCAAAGGUCGCCCGGCUGACGCGCGACAUGCGCCAGUUCGACGAGGAGGUGCGCGAGAUCGAAAUCCUGGCGCCCGAGACGGGCGAGCGCAUCCUGGCCGACGACCACGACAGGCGCUUCUUCGAGGCCGCCUGGAUGCACAAGUACAACGGCAAGUACUACUUUUCCUACUCGACCGGCGACACCCACUACCUGUGCUACGCCGUCGGUGACUCUCCCUACGGGCCGUUUACGUACGGCGGGAGGAUCCUCGAGCCUGUUUUGGGAUGGACGACGCACCACUCCAUCGUCGAGUUCAAGGGCAAGUGGUACCUGUUCCACCACGACUGUGAGCUCAGCGGAGGGAUUGAUCAUCUGCGGUCGGUCAAGGUGUGCGAGGUCUUUUACGACAAGGACGGCAAGAUGUCGACACAGAAGCCGGCAGAGUAG